AUGGAUAAGCAGACAGGCCGACUCACCAACGAAGACUCACGACGCUCAUCGACAGUGAUUGUUGCGUCUGGUUCCCCUUCGCACGGCUCCGUAGGCGACGUCGCCUCGGCCCCAUUGUCAUCUCGACUCGUUGUCACGGCAACCUCCGCGACUGGCUCGUUUGCCAGACAUUCGCUGUCGGUACCAACUUGCCACCGGGUCGGCGAGGCCUUGACGAACCUUGCACCUCGCCGAGGCGAUGGUCCAUCCGACAGACCUUCGAGACCGAGGUGUCCGGCCAAGCCGGAUUCAGCAUUUGCUAUGACUUUCACCUUUCCCACUUUUCCCCAUUUCAUGUUGUCGCCAGCCUUCCGUCCUUGCUCGGCUCCCUCUUCUGCCCUCGCCCUCGCCCUCGCCCUCGCCCUCGCCUCCUCUCUUUCCCUCUCGCCGUCUCCUGCUGCCUCUCCUCUCGGCGACGCCGAGGCCGCCUGCAUGUUGGGCAGACUGGAGCGCCGCACGAUCGCCUCACGACAGAACGGCAUGUUGACCAGCUGGGCUGUGUUGCGGUCGGCAGGACGUCCGGCUCUCAUCGGCCACAAUCUGUCCGGUUCUCCGUUCAGCUCGUUCGAGCCAAUCGGCCCCCGACUCCAGUCAGGCCGUCGUCGACCGGCGUCCGGAUUCGGACGUCUACGCCGACAUCGGUCGGGCUGCCGGUGGCCUCGGCCUCGGCCUUGGCGCCGGCGUCGACGUCGGCAGAGCGAGACGAUGGCCAGCAGAGCUAUCAGAUUGACCAGUCCGCCCAGUAACGACACCGCCAAGACUCCUAAUCUGGCGAAGAUGCGCCGAUUAGCCAGCUCUUCUGCCUGUUGCAAUUCAAGCGAUUCGAGCCCGGUCACGGGGCCGAUCAUCUCGACGUGCUGGUCAGCCUCGCGGUGCUCCGGUUCGAGUCCCAACUCUCGCCAGGUGGACGCCGACUCGUCUGCUGCCCUCUCGGCACCUGGCAACAAGGAAAGAGAAGGACACGAGUCAGACGGUGCGGACAAACUUUGGGGUACUGACGUCGAGGAAGAGGACUCGGGCGACCGGUCAACCGACUGUUGCCUCCGUUCGAGACCGGGACCGAAAGGGUGUGAGCCCAAAACGCAAUCGAUCCGCGGGUCCUCUUUGCCUCUGCGGUCAUCAGCCUUUCUCGCUCUCUCGCUUCGCCUGCCUCGCCCUGAGUUCAACUCUGAUCAGGCGACCCAUGAUCCAUACUCUCCGCCUCACAACGUCCUCCCAUUGGACUUUACUUCAUCCUAUCCCCGACCGACUUCAUUGCCCUCUCGGCCUCGAUAA